UUGCUUUGUUGUUUAACAUCUGAUGCAUAAAAAAUACAAACUGACCCAUGCCUUCAAGAUAAACCAGUUUACAGCGGAGUUCACCUAACUGCUCUUGGAAAGGCCCUUUCGAAGAUACACCUUAAGUGUGUGAUGUCAAGGAGUGGGCAGUCCUUGUGCCCUCCCCCACACUAUUGUAACGUCAUGUGCCAGUAUGAAUAUUAACACAGAAACACGUACUUCAGUACUCAGUAUCCAGAGAAGAAGAAAGGAGAAGCUAGACGUUGGGAACAAAUGAGUGGAUUGCUUGCAAAACUUUGGGCAGCUAACUUCUUCAGAAAUCCUCCAUUCCACCUAUUGUGAAACAGUUAAAAGAGCAGAACAGAAACAGCAUUUUGGGGUCUCUUUUUUUAAAAAUUUAUUUAAUUUUUUUCUCUUGGUGUUGGAUCUCCGACUCUCAUCCUCACUGAACACAAGCACUGAACAUCAAUAUGUGUCAUGUCAUUGUAACAUGUCGCUCAAUGCUGUGGACACUCCUGAGCAUUGUUGUGGCUUUUGCAGAGCUCAUAGCUUUCAUGAGUGCAGAUUGGCUGAUUGGCAAAGCCAAGCCUGUGAAUUCUGAGGAUGCGGACAACAGGACUGGAGGGUCACAGGAGCCUUACCAUCCAACUUUGGGGAUCUAUGGGCGUUGCACCAGAAUCUCCCAUGUGCAGGUUUCCAGACGAGACACGCUUUGUGGCCCCUAUGCAGAGAACUUCAAUGAGAUUGCCAGUGGAUUUUGGCAGGCUACUGCUAUUUUCCUAGCUGUGGGAAUCAUGAUUCUCUGUGCUGUGGCAUUUGUGUCUGUCUUCACUAUGUGUGUGCAGAGUGUAAUGAAGAAAAGCAUUUUUAAUGUCUGUGGGCUGCUACAAGGGAUUGCAGGCCUCUUCCUUAUCUUAGGCUUGAUGCUGUACCCUGCAGGUUGGGGCUGCCAGAAGGCAGUAAGCUAUUGUGGACACUAUGCUUCUGCUUACAAACUUGGAGACUGCUCACUGGGCUGGGCCUUCUACACUGCUAUUGGUGGCACUGUUCUGACAUUCAUCUGUGCAGUCUUCUCAGCACAAGCUGAAAUCGCCACAUCCAGCGACAAAGUGCAAGAAGAAAUCGAGGAAGGGAAAAACCUGAUUUGCCUCCUUUAACAUUGGAAGAAAGCUGCCUGGGAAAUACUGACUUCAGUCCUGUUUCACUUUCAGACAACUAGAUAAAGGAUUUGCUGACUUGUAUUCACUACUUGUGAUUGAGCCCCAGGCAUUCUGGCCUUGAACUAACUGAAACAGUACAUCUUCAUUUGCUGGGCAAUGAGGAGCAGAAGAUGAGGAUCCCAAGUAAAGAGAAUGUAGAUCCCUAGAAAUUUUGGAGCUUGAAUACGUUACCAGGACUCAGCAACAUAUGCAUAAUUCUGAGGGGAGGGAGAACCUUGUAUCUCGUGAAUAAACCUUGUUAUAGAGCCGACAAAUUCUGAGGCGAUCGGAUUGUGUUAUUCCCUUGACCACUUUGAAGGAUUGUGACGACAGUAACAGCUGCCACAUUUCUCCCAGGUCCAGGACAAGCCUAUUUAAUCAGGGUUUGCUUUGAAGGGCUUCAGUUACCUGUGAACAUUUAAUUGCCACCUGGUUUGGUACCAUAGCUCGUAGUGGUGCUUUUUGAGUUUAGAAUUUACUUAAAGCACAGCAACUUUCUUGGAUAAUGUAAUGUGUGAUGAAGAGAAAAGAGUUGACAUUAACUCCUCCUAAAAGGUCGGUAUAAAGAAAUAGAGGUAAAGGCUCAACUUUACAGCUAUGUUUGUUCUGGCAUGAAACUGCAGUACCAAGUGGCAGGCCUAUUACAUUUCAGCAGCUAGAUUUGAAGUUAGUUUGGUUUCCUAACACAAGCAGGGGACCUGUUAGACUGGGGUUUAACUGUAUAUUAUAAACAUUGGUAGAAUAAUCCUUUACCACUAGCAUGUGAAACACUUAAUCUUUUUAUAUGGGAUUUUACUGGGAAUCCCAGGAACCUCAAUAUUCAGGGAAAACACUAUUCUUUCUGCAACCCAGUUGUCACUAUUACCAUAUAAAUGCCAGCAAGAGCCGACAGUGACUCCAUCUCUAGUACAAGUAUGGCUCAGUAUUUCACUCUCAUUUGCCAAUGGAAACCUCAUUCCCAGUCCACUGUCUGGAAGCCCAGAGCCAGGUUAGCCUUUAAUUAAUAGUACACCUAUGAGGAGACCAUGCCGAAGUCUGAAUGGUUAGGGGAAGAUCUUUUUCCCCUUUGUUUUAACCACAUUUGCUCUGGAUCCAUUUCUAGCACAAUCAGCAGAAACAGAAAUAAAGCCUGCCACGAAUGACAUUCCUUUCCCGGAGCCAUUCUCUGUUGUUACUUACCGUGUUUCUCCAGGUUCUGUGAUUGUUCAAGAGCAAACAAAAAAGGUAUUAAAAGAAAAGUUGGAAACAUGA